UCUUUUUCUUAAAAAAAGAAAAAAAAAAACAAAGCAAGUCAGCCUUGGUUGUAGUUCAUUCCCCAUGUUCAACAUGAACACUCUUCCAGUAAACACUUCUUUGACUUGUUCUUUUCAACACUCUAUUUGUCCUUCAUGGAACUUGCCUUAUCAUUGUUCUGUUUUAUUAUUGAAUUCAGAAGAAGGCCAAUGGAAGUCUCUUACUCAGAGCCAUUCACCUACCAGACAUGUAUUGUUAUAUGCUACACACAAGGGUCAUUACGAUACAAUGGCAGUCAUGUAUAGUGAACUUGAUAAGAAUCAUGAUGAUAUUCGUUGUAUUUACCCUUAUGUUUCUUCUGGUAUCAUCAUCAUUUCUUAUUAUUCCCUUCAAAAAGCUCAACUGUGCAUAGAAAGAUUAAGAAAAGAGACCAAAGGUGCCUUUCAGGUUGAAUAUGCUAAACCUUGCUUGAUCAACAAGAAAUCAAAUGAACGAUUGUUUGUGACUAUUAGUAGCGACAAUUGUAUUAUUGAUUUAAGAAAAAUUAAUUAUAUGCAUUGGUGCUAUUGAUUCUAUUUCUGAAGUACAUAUCUCACCCAACUGUGUAUUGAUAAACUUGGAAUAUGACGAUGAAAGAUCCAAUGAGAAGCUAUACAAGCAAUUCCAUCAUGCUAUAACUGAAAACAUUCAAUUCAAUGUAUAUAUGGCCGAUAAUAAGGACUUA